ACAGCGGCAAACCAAAUGACCAAAAUAGGAAAUAACCUACCCCCUAACCGACCCCCUACCGAGCCGCAGACUUGCUCGGUGCUGAAAUACCACUUCCGGGGAGAACACCUAGGAUUCCCAACAGUCGGUGCGAGAGGAAUAAUCGCCCACUUUACUGCUGCUGCAAAAGACAAUGAUGCUCGAUCACCAUGAAGGAGAGAGCCAGUGUCAUCGCGUCAGGCUCCUUCUAUCCUGUAUGUCGCUCGUAGCGUCGUGGUGCUGAAAGGACAGCUCAGGGAUGCUCGCCAGGAUGCUGAGGCUGCGGCUCCUGAACGCAGUGGCUCCCGCCUACUUCUUCACCGCCACGGCAGUCACCUUCAUACUGCAUUUCGGUUUCUUCCUGCCUACCAUUUUUCCAAGCUCAGGCUCAGAAUCGCCACUGAAGGGCUCCACAGUGCUGCAUACCUCCGUGUUCCUGUUCAUGAUGCUCAACGCGCUGGGGAACUACAUCAUGACCAUCAGAUACCCCGCGGAAAGCGCCAACGACCCGAUGGUAAUCCCGGUGUGCUCACCGGAUUGCUCGGACAGGAUCGACGCUCACUACCUCCUGAACGGCCGUCAUUUCUGCAAGCUGUGUAAGAAGGUGAUCCUGAAGAGGGACCACCACUGCUUCUUCACGGGGAACUGCAUCGGCAACAGGAACAUGCGCUACUUCAUCAUGUUCUGCAUCUACACGUCGUGCACCUGCCUCUACUCGCUGGUCCUCGGAGUGGCCUUUCUCACGGUGGAGUACGACAUCUCUUUCGAGAACCCGUUGACCUUUCUGACCCUUCUCCCCCUCUCCACGGGUUACUUCUUCAUAGGAGGCGUCUCUGGGCUGCAGCUGUUCCUGGUCAUCAUGCUCUACGUUUGGCUCGGCAUAGGACUGGUGUGUGCGGGCUUCUGCUGCCAGCAGGUGCUGCUGGUGGCCCGCGGACAGACCUGGUGUCAGCUGCAGCGAGGCACGCUGGUUCAGAGCCGCAGCCCCUGGAGAAGCAACCUCCGCGACGUUUUCGGUACGCGCUGGGGCCUUGGACUCGUCUGGCCCGUGCGGACGGUGGAGACGAGCGCCGAGGCACACGCGAACCCCAAAGCGCACACCGAAUGACUCGCGCUAAGAGUCACCGCUCCCCACUAGGUUAAGGACUGUAGGGUAUAACGCUUUUGACGGAUAUAUUAGGCUACAUAAUCAUACGCUGGAAUGUUUUUCCACCUGCACAAUUCGUCCUUCGACUCGGGAGUCAGAACCCGUUUGUUAACCAGCCCAGGAACAGCACAAUUAUUUAGGUUAAUUUAUGUGGCAUAAGGUACUAAAUAUAGGCCUUUCUAUGUUUUAGAACGCUGGAAAUGUUCAGCUAUUUUGUUCAUGACUGUCAUGUAUUUAUCUCCUAGAUUAAGUCAUUAUCCAUAUCCUCACUUGCACUUUCUACAGUAUUACUGUUCUUGCUCUUCCCCUGUACAUAGGACUGUGAACUUAGGUCAUAGCUGUUUGUGAUAGGCCUGGUAGACCCUAGGUCUGGUGUUAGAAGAUGAGAGAAGAGCAGGCCCAUUGAAUCAAAGACUGGACAGCCUCAUGUGACGGUUACAUGCAUUUAGGGGUAUUUUCUACAGGGUGUUGCUCUCCAAUCAGUCAAGACAUAUCUGCUAGGCUACUGCAGCUGAGACAAUUAUUAAUAUAAAUAUUUUACUAUUUUUCCACGAUUCUCCAUGUGCCAAAUAUAACUAAGGUUUUUCAGACAGGCUGUUGGGCAACAUCAUUACACGCUACACAUAUUGUAGAUGUAUAGUGUCAAUCUUUUUGAUUAAGAAACUGUUUAGAUACCAAUCUGUAUUAUUGUAACAUCUGUUAUAAUCGCAUAAUGCCCAGGAUGUAACGAAGACCUAAUUCAUUCAUUAAUUGAAUACGCCAACUUCAGUGUUAUAGUGGACAAUUGCAUUGUAUUUUUGUAACCAAUAAGUUUUACCUUAACAACAAAGGGAACACAUUUGUUAAGAACUGCUGGGCAGCUAGAUCAAAAGGUUUAGCAUCGUCUGCAGAACCGUUUAAUAAGAAGUGUGUCUUUAGACCCUUUGCACUGUACUGUAGCUACAUAAGUAGCAGUAAUCUUAAAGGGAACAUCAUCAUCCAUUUUUGAAUAGGGGACAAAAGGUAUUAAGAACUGUCUUUCUCUUCUUUGAAGAGGAAAUAGAGGAUGUCCCAUAGCGUUAUCCUAAUAAAAUAUGAAACCAUACUUGUAUCUAUUGUUAGUGUUAUUCACACUGCUUAUUAUUCUUCACAUUAUCUCUCAGAUUGUUAUUCAGUAUAAGCCAGGAGCAACAAAACAGAACUGCUUUAACCACAAACCUUCAAAGUAAGAGCAUCUUUUUUUUUAAAUGUUUACUUAUUAUGUUUUGAUUUAGCCACUAAGAACAGGAAAAGUGAUAAGAUCUCUUAUCUUAGACUAUACACUUAAAUUAGACUAUGAGUAGAUUCACAGACAUUUUCGAAGGCGCAUGAUCCUGGACCGAAUGAACAGAUCAAAUGUCUUCCUGCCUUCUAAAACGCUUUUUAUUUUUUUAAUAAAAAAAGUAACAUUUUGAA